AUGGCACAAGUGAGGGCCGACCUGCGUACAAUUUCGCAGGCCAUGUUCACCAAAACAGACGCAGGGGCAAUGGAGGCCUCCCUAAAAUGUUCCAUCCAGGCCAAACUGGCCAUGAUCCGCCAGGACGUUUCUUCAGCCACACUUCAGGCUUCAGCUACAACCUUCUCCCAGCAACAUAAUGCAGUUGAACUGGCAGCCACAAGACAGGGGAACAUGUUGCUGGAUGUUAGACGGCAUAUAGAAGACCUCGACAACAGAGGCAGGAGGUGCAAUAUUAGGAUACGCGGCCUACCUGACAACAUUCAGGGGGAACCACUUGAGGCCAUGCUGCAAGCACUCUUCAAUUUUAUCCUGGGGAAUGAUGAUCCAGAGAAUUUCCAAGUGCAUCGCGCACACAGGGCCCUCCGCCAACCAAGGACAGCUGUUUGCACUCGUUCCAGCAAAUAG